AUGACUGCAUAGCCAGGCAGUCUGUCAAAAUGGCACGUCAGCAACAAGAUGUUGAUGAACUUUUCGAUGUUAAAAAUGCGUUUUACGUAGGAAAUUACCAACAAGCUAUUAACGAAGCACUCAGUGUAAACGCUUCUACUCCCCUUGUAUCACUUCAACGAGAUGCCUUCCUAUACCGCUCCUACAUCGCGCAGGGGAACUACAGGAUUGUCCUCCAGGAGUUGAAAACGGCUGAUCCCAUGCUCCAACCUCUGAAGAGCUUGGUGGAAUAUUUAUCUCCAGGAGCCAACAAGCCUGUGAUUGUAGCUGACAUAGACGCAAGGGUUGCCAAGGGAGUGGAACUAUCCAAUGAGGUGUUUCUGGUAGUAGCAGCUACAAUCUAUUACCAUGAGGACAACUAUGAAGCCGCCUUAAAAAUCCUUCAUGGAACAGAGUCUCUCGAGUUGAAUGCAUUGACUCUUCAAUGUCUGCUAGCCAUGAACCGGCCAGACCUCGCACGGAAGCAGCUCAAAUUGCUUCAGAACAUUGAGGAUGACGGGACACUGACGCAACUUGCACAAGCUUGGCUCAAUCUGUCACAGGGCGGGCCGGGCGUGCAGGACGCGCACUACGGCGUGAUGGAGCUGUCGGAGCGGCUCGGGGCGCUGGGGCCCGCGCCCGCCGCCGCCGGCGCCGCCGCCGCCGCUGCCAGGGGCAUGUGGGAGGAAGCGGAGCAGAUGCUGACGGAGGCGCAGUCGCGCGCGCCGCAGCACCCGGAUUUGUUGUUAGGGCUGGCGCUCACAGCCACUCAUAGUGCUAAACCUCCAGAGGUGGCCAGCCGCUACAUAGCGCAGCUGCUAGACAGCCACCCCGAGCACCCUUUCACGAAGGAAUACAACGCAAAGACCAACGAGUUCAAACGCCUCGCCGCGCAAUACCAACCUACAGUUGCUAGCUAAACCCUAUGUGUAUGGAGAUAUGGCUUAAAAGCCGCAAGUAUUUUAUUGGUUCAAUAUAAUCCAGAGUAUAUUAUUGUAA